AUGAUUGAUGUAACGCACUUGGGCUCACAGGUCCUCGCAGCGGCAUGGUACGGAUUUGUGGCGGUGAUAUCCUAUCUAUCCCUAUAUGUAGCGUAUCAGACUUUGUUCCAUCCAUUGAGCCGUUAUCCAGGCCCCUUCGUGGCAAAGCUGUCGGACGCCUACAGCGGCUACCAUGCCUUCAAACGGCAACUUCACACGACAACCCGGCAGAGCCAUCUCAAGUACGGCAAUGUCGUAAGGCAGGGACCUAACAAACUGGUGUUCAACUCUGUCGGGGCUCUUCAAGACAUUUACAGGAAUGAUCGGACUACCAAGCCCAAGGAGUACUCAGCCAUAGGCCCCAGACUCAAGAUCCCGACUAUUUUCACAGCGCGGGAUCGUCAAGUGCACCGAGCAAGGCGACAGCUUAUUGGCCGAGCCCUUUCGGACCGCUCCAUGCGUCUAUUCGAACCUGCCAUGCUCGACCAGAUUGAUCUCUUGGUACGCUUGAUCUAUCAUUCCACUCAGGGGUCCCAGCCCACCGCCAUCAAUAUGACGGAGCGUGCCAGACUUGUUGGAUUUGAUAUCGCUGGGCUUCUUGGCUUUGGCUAUAAUCUCAAUCUUCAGACUAGGGAAGAGAACAGACUUGUGCUGCCGAUGCUGGAGGCCGGAUUCUUCUGGAGCGGCAUCUUCCUGCAUUGGCCUUUGACUCAUGCGUCUGAUGGGAUCCGGUCGAGCGAACUUUGGGCUGAGGCUACUGUAUUCCUACCUGCAGCUGGGGAUACGACUAAAACUGCAGUGGCGGCCACUUUCUUCUAUCUCUCCCAGAACGCCCAGUGUUACCAAAAACUGGCGAACGAGAUUCGCUCCAGCUUCACAAACGGGAGCGAAAUCCGCGGCCCAACCAUGGUAGGCUGCCAAUAUUUGAGGGCUUGUAUUGAUGAAGCUAUGCGAAUGUCACCACCCGUUGCCGGUAUCCUUUGGAGAGAGGCGUAUCCAAGCGAGCAACCAUUCACUGUAGACGGACACGUAAUUCCACCUGGUACCACCGUUGGGGUGAAUAUCUAUUCCAUCCACCACAACGAGGAGUACUUCCCAGACUCCUUUACCUAUCGACUAGAGAGAUGGAUAGAUGAUGAGAGGACUGUGCGCGACGCAUUUGCUCCGUUUUCGGUUGGCCAACGUGGGUGUGCAGGCAAGACCAUGGCAUACCUAGAGAUUUCUCUGGUCGUCGCCAAAAUAAUGUGGUAUUUUGAUUUCAGGGCCGUACCAAGAAGUGGUGAAGCACAAGCUCGUAAAACGGGGACGACCGAUGAAAGCGAACUUGAUGGGGUGUUCAAAUUACUGGAUAAUUUUACUUCAAGCCAUGAUGGACCUCACUUGGAGUUUCAGCCUCGGGGAGAAUACUGCAAAGAGUUGGAUGAUAUGCCUGAAAAGUCAUGA